UCGUUCUCCUUCGCCGCUUCCUCUCGAGUCUCGACACGGCAAAAGCUGCUCCUCACAACCAAAAACCCUUCGCGGCGAUGGGUUCCUCCUCGUGCGAGAGCCCCCAAAACCCUAGCGAAGAGAGCCGCGGCGCCACCACCGCUACUCCCUACUUCGACAUUUAUGGCCCCGACGCAAAGGCUGAUCUUAUUUUUAAGACUCCGGCUCCUGGCUCAACAUUAGAUUUACAGGAUAUUCAAGGACUUGUCACCUGGGUUAUUGGUGAUGGUCUCUUGCCAUCUUGGGUCUUUGUCAAAAACAAGCCACUUAUACGGAAAGUCAUCCUACUCUAUGUUCCAGGAUUGGAUGCAGCAUUAUACAUGUCAUCCUCCAGCAUUCUUUCUGGUCUAAAAGAAUGUUGUGGUAUCCCAAAGCCAGUUUCAGCUUUGAGUUGUGUGUCAGAUGAAAUGCAAACUAUUGACGCACUCCUAACAUGCAAAGUGAAACGAAAGCGUGAGCCAAUUGAUUUGGCAACCAGAGCACCCAAACAAACUUUUGAGCAAGGAAAACCAUCGAGUUUACAGAAUUUAAAGGAUCUUCCAUUUCCUGUUACAUACUAUACACUUUCAAAAAAGGAGCUAGAGGAUAAUGGGUAUCUUUUCAAUGUGCCAGAUAUUGUCUCCACUGUUCCCGCUCCUACUGGUGCUUCAUUUUAUGACAUUCUUGCACUUGAUUGUGAGAUGUGCGUGACUGCAGCUGGGUUUGAACUUACAAGGGUGACAUUAGUUAAUAUUGCAGGAGAGGUGGUGCUGGAUGAACUAGUUAAGCCUUGCAAUGCUAUCAUUGACUACAAUACAAGGUUCAGUGGAAUCACUGCUGAAAUGCUAAAUGAUGUGACAACAACCCUCAAGGACAUUCAGGAUGAAUUUCUUCAGCUAGUCCACAAAGAAACGAUUCUUGUUGGUCAUUCUCUAGAAAAUGACCUUCUAGCACUAAAGAUGUCUCAUGAUUUGGUAAUCGACACUGCUGUUUUAUACAAGCACCAUCGCGGCUCGCAGUACAAGGUGGCUUUACGUGUCCUAGCUAGGAGAUUUCUAUCUCAGGAAAUCCAAAGUUCUGGACAUGGGCAUGACAGUAUUGAAGAUGCAAGAGCUGCCAUGGAGCUUGCACUUUUAAAGAUUAAGCAUGGACCAGAUUUUGGCUCACCUCCUUCAUUCAUGCGGAGAAAGCUGGUUUCAGUUUUGAACCAAAGUGGCAAAACCUGCACUCUCAUUGAUGAUACGUUUGUAGUAAAGAGAUAUUCCGAUGAAUCAUGCAAUUCAAUUUCAGUGUUUUCAGAUAAUGAGGCUCUCUCUAGAGUUAUAAAGGAGGUAAAGAAUGAAAAGGUUAGCUUUAUUUGGAGCAGGUUUUCCGGAUUGAUCUCUUGCCUUAGGACACAAACGCGUGAUUCAGAGAGGUUGAAAUAUCGUGUUGCGGAGGUGAUCUCACUGCGCACAUGUGAUAAGAGAAAGGCCAAGAAAAGAGCAAAGCAUGAUAAUGUAUGCCCCGAAUUGAAGAAUAUUUUAACCGACAUUGAUGCUAAAAUUCGAGGAGUGUAUAAUUCAUUGCCUGAUAAUGCGAUGCUUAUUGUCUCCACUGGUCAUGGAGAUACGCCUCUAGUUCAAAGAUUAAGGAAAAUGCUCAAAGAAAACAGUGCGAUGGGAGUCAGCCGUGAAAAUAUCGUUCAAGCUUUGGAAGAGCUUCAAGCCCAAGCAGAAGUUGGUUUGUGUUUUGCAUGCGUCAAACAUUAGGUCUUGCUCAUAGGUACCAGCGAAUUCCAUUCCGAUUCUGCAGUACCUAGAGGAACUCGCAGACGAAUAUUACAGGCCCGGUGACGAGCGAAUUCGGCGUCAAAUUGCCACCUCAGAUUUUGGGAGUUCAAACUGAAGCCGUGCAAUAUUUUUCAAUUGCAUGCAGAAGAAAACCUACAUUAACAUUUAUUUAAUUUGACUUUUUUUUUCAAUGAACACGAAAUGAUAAAAUCGGGUGGCUUACAAGGUAACCUAAGAGUGUACAAAUUACAAAAAACACCUCAUAACUGCAGCUCCAUAGUCAAAUUUUGUAAUUUUUUUUUCUGGGAGCUAGUUACUUCAAACUUAUGUUUGUUAUUUAAUUAGUUGAUGAUGGAAUCAUGAAAUGAGCCAAUCUUUGCUUGACC